GCAGGAAAACUAUUUUCGUGUCAAAGGCCUCAAUGGCUGCCGUGUAUGAGAAUUUUGUGGUUUUAUCUUCUAUCACCUUAUUUGUUAAGUUAAAAACUAAUUUUUUGUGAAAUUUGUAAAUCACUACUAAAUACAUAUGUGAUUCGUAAUUUUAAAAAAAGUGUCCGUAAACGGCGAAAUUAAGAAUAACGAAAAGAAAAAAUGAAUCAAUCGAUCGAUGCUGUGAAAGUAGAAGAAAUUCUAUCAAAAACCAGCUGCCUAAUUAAAGAUGAUACUUUAACUUCCUGUGAAACAGUUAGUGAAUCUUUAAUAAUUCCAGACACAUUAGAUACAGUUGAAGUUAACAAAGAUGGAUAUUUCACACACAAUGGACAUCUUAUUGAAAUUGUUAUGGAUUAUGAAUGUGUCACGUGUCACAGAAUCUUCCAAAAUAAAGACUUGCUGACGGAGCAUUUAGAAGUCUGCAGAGAGGAAGAUGAUGAUACAAAUCUUUUGGAUUUGGGAAAUCUCGAUGAAUAUUAUGAAACCGACGAUGAAGAGGGCGAUGACGCCGAUGAUGUCGAUGAUCCCAAAUAUUCACUUUCCGAUGAAAAAUCUUCCGAUUCAGAUAGAUUGAAGAAUAAUAAUGAGAAGCCCGAUAUAAAACCAGUAUCGGAAAAUCAGUGUCAUUGUUGUGGUGAAGAUUUGAAAAAUGCUCACAGAGGCGGUCCACACAAAUGUUCAGAGUGCGAUCUUUCCUUUAAAAAAGCAUCUUCCCUUCAACGACACACAAUUAUUAUUCAUUGGGAGAAUGAAAAUCAUACUUGCAAUAUUUGUGAUGCAAGUUUUCGUGAUAAAAAAUCAUUGGAUAAACAUAAAUACACAACACACUCCACCAAUAAAGUUUACAAAUGCGAGCGUUGUGAUAAAUAUUUUUCAAGAAGUUAUCAUUUGAAUCGACAUAAACUUCAAUCCGGAUGUCAUGGAGAAUUGCAAACUACAUUUUCCUGUCAAGUUUGCAAUAAAGAAUUUACAAGAAAGGACAAUUUACGUGAACAUUUAAGAUCACACGCGGGAAAUCAGAAACGACAAAAAAAACAAUGCUCACAAUGUCCAAAAGAAUUUUACACAACUCAACAAUUAAUAAUUCACGAGCGAAUGCACACUGGUGAAAAGCCAAUUAAUUGUGAUUUAUGUGACAAAUCAUUUAAUUCAACUCUCGCCAUGAAGAAACAUCGUCGCGUUCAUACUGGAGAAAAACCAUAUGAGUGCAAAUUUCAUUCUGGAUAUACCGACAAAAUCUGCAAAAAGAGAUUUGCCGCUAGGGAAACAUUAAAUCGUCAUCAGAGAAUUCACACGGGAGAAAAACCGCACGUUUGUCAGUAUUGCAAAAAAUCAUUUAUACAAGCGGCACAACUUCGAGCGCAUAUUUUCCAUCACACGGGCGAAAAUGGUUUUACUUGCGAGGAUUGUGGAAAAACAUUUAAUCGUAAAGCGCGUCUUACUGUGCACAGAAAAUUUGUUCACGAAGGCGUCACUCCAUUUAUGUGCGACGUUUGUAAACGGCCAUUCACGAGAAAAGAGGAUUUGGCCAAACACACUUUACUUCACACUGGACUUAAACCUCACAAGUGUACAAAAUGUGAGAAAUCGUUUGCGACAAAAUCAUCGUUGCAGGCACAUUUAAAUACUCAUAGACGAGAACCGCCGCAAUCGUGCGCAGAAUGUGGAAGAGCUUUUAUUCGUCAGGAUUGUUUAAUGAGACAUAUUCGUGCAAAACAUCGAGAUCUAUUGGAAGAUAUUAUGGGCGAGGCGGAAAAACGACAUUUGCAAUUGCAACUUUUCAAUAUUGCAACAACAGCUGCUGAAAAACACAAAAAAGGAUCGUCAAGUACACUGAGCGCUGACCAAUUAUUAAAAGCAAUUGUUGAACUCCUAACAAUUCUAAUAGAAGAGGAAACGUUACAAGUUUUUGGAUGGCCGACUGAACCAGUUCAAGAUAUUCUCGAAGCAGUGAUUCGAAGAUGUGGACAUGUACCAAUUACUGGCGAUAGUGAUAUUCCAUUUGAGGAAAGACUGAGGGAAAAUGUUAAACUUUUAUUUACUGUUGUUAUUGAAGAUCAAAAUGUGAAAAAACUUCUCACGAUACAAACAGUCGAUGAAGUAAUUCUCCAUGUUCUUAAACUCUCCAAUGAUUUAGCAAAAUCCACUGAACAAUCAUUCGAAUCGCUAUGAGAAAAAAAUAUUUAUUUCCUAAUUUUCGAUAUAAAAAAAAAACCUAUUUUUUCACUCUUUUUUCCCUUCACAUUCUUCACAGGGUCUUUUUUUAAAAUAUUUUGUUUUCUAUUUUGAAAAAAAAAAAACAAUUUUUAGAUAUUUUUUUUGUACAAAUUAUAAAUAAUAGGCCUUCCUGCUGUGAAUUUCAAUAAUCGCAUUUAAAAAUUGUUUCUCUGUUGUCUUUUUUCUCUACUGACAUUUUAAAUUUACGUCUUUUGUUUUUGUCACUUAAAAAAAAUAUUUCUACUUAGAUAAUUUAGAAUUAUAAAUUUUUUGUGUUUUUUAUUCUUCAAUUUUGUUUAGUUUCUUUAAUUUCUGUUUGUAAUUCAUAAUAUCACGAGAGUAAUUUAGAAAAAAAGGAAAUUUCUAUUUUAAAAAAAAAAAAAUUAUAUUUAUAAAAUGUUAUAAACCACAAAUUGUUUUUCUUUUCUUUUCUUUUUGAAAUACUUUCGUUUUAUUUUGAAUGAAUUUUUUCUUCCUUUCUUCUUUUCAAGUAUAAGUACUUGAAUUAAUAAUAAUAAUAUUUGAAAGACUAGAAAUAUUUAAUAAGGGGUGGAUUUAUAAAUUGUGUACAUUAAUAUUUAAUGUAGGAAGAUGAUGAAAAAAAAAACCAUUCCGUACUGCGAUCUUUUUCAUAAUAUUAUAAUAAAUUAUUUAAUGAUAAAUGAUCAUUGAAUAAAAAAAAAAAAAAAUGCGAAUCAUUGAAAAAAAUGUAUUAUUUUCGAUGUACAAUUUACAACGUAAAUACAAUGGUUUUUUAAUUAGGGCUUUAAGUAA